AUUGCGCUUGAAGACGUUCACAGAGAAAUAACUCUUUAAACUACCGCAGUUGUGACAAACGUUUCAUAUUACAGAAUUCUAUCACAUUAAAUAUAUUCCACACACAUCUCCCAGCGAGAAAAAAUCACAAUUACUGAUUUCUUCGAGGUAGCAGAAAAAUCCAAGAUGAUGUCCAGCCCGGCUCUAGAACUUCAGGUGGAGGAGACCCCUCUGGCUUUACGUCGUCUGUGGAAUCUCACUCGUGCCCGACUUGCCGGCACCUCGACUCUUGCUGAAGAACCCGCUUUAGUAGAAUCUCUGCCAUCCGCUCAGGAACCUGAAGGUACACCGAAGAGCUACAUUCCAGUACCGAGCGACUAUGAAAGCGAUGGCGAAGAGGCUUUCCCUGAAAUCGAUUUACUUGAGCAACCCGAGAUUCCAACCAAGCCCUACUGGAGUCAGAGCGCUUAUGAGAAGGAGGUUUUACUGGAUGCUAGUACCCUCGGCGAUGUUCCCGCAGUUUACCGAGUCCCAGCGCCAGCGCCUCACCAAAUGCCAGUUAUCGGAGUCUACAUCGACCCACGAGUCCGAACCGGCUUCAGAUACAAAAUUAGACCCAUGCAGGCUUUGGAUGCCCCUCCCCUAUCGGUCAAGCCAAGAUACUUGUUCGGUGAAAAGGCUCUUACCCUGCAAUCCAUUGGCCGUGGUUUUGCUCGCCGGCUUACAUUCGAGCCCGUUGAUUCCACCCUGAAUGAAAAUAAUAACUAUUUCUGGACCGAUUCAAACCCAGAUGGUUUUGUGUUCGAGAUUGAAGCUGUUUCCGUUGGCGAAAAGUUUACUAUCUAUGACGCCAACCAUGAACCGCAAGGAAUUCUGGAAAUUGUCCAGCAACAGAAGAAUCAAAUCGAACUGGAGCAGAAGAUUUCUGAAGAUGGAACGAUUGAGAAAAAAGUAAAAAUAAAUACUCUCUGCAAAGUUGAAUGGUAUGAAAAUGAUGGUAUCACAAAACUUGUCCCAAUGACUGGUAUAGCCAUUCUUGUGAAAGGAAAAGGAAAUGCAGUUGUUACAAGAAUUGUUAACGUAGCUAUUGGAAUUAAGCAGCUCAAGAAGGGCUUCGAGCUAAAAUCAGGUGUUAAGACUUCUUCAAGAAGGAUCGCUGUAAAUGGAUGUGACAUCCAUGAUAUUCCAUGUCAAUAUUCAGUUGUUGGCCUUGAGAGAUACGAAUUGCCCGUCAUAGGAACUUAUGUCGAUCCCCGCAUCAUUCCCGGAUUCCAUUACCGCGUAAGACCGGCGAAUUGCAGGCGCCAUUUGUUUGAUGGCCGAAGCCUUUUGUUACAAUCGGUCGGAAUGGGUUACGGGAAACGUAUCACAUUCAAACCAGACACCCUGAACUCUCCAGAGAACUAUUUCUGGUCGGACUCCCACCCCGAGGGCGUUGGAAUGGAACCACGCGCCGUUCAUCCAGACAUGAAAUUCUAUAUCACAGGAAAUGGGGGCUUGCUUGGCGAGGCGAGUGUCUUCCGCGCUGAUUUACCACAAGUCGAGGAGAAGACGGAAUACGUGGAUGUGCCGGGAAAGAAGGGUAAAGCUGUCGAGAAGUACAUCCAAGUUGAUGUCACAUGUCACGUUAAAUUGGCGACAACAGGCGGUGGAUCGGUUGAUUCUGAAGUACAUCUGAUGAAAGUCUCCGGGACUGCUUUAGUUCGCAAGGAACCAGGCGAAUCUUCUGCUAAACUAAUCAAAAUGUUCAACGUUGGUUUGGAUUCCCAACUGAACCUUCUCUUCGCCCACUCACAAACCGAGCUCACUUUCCACCCCCUACCCUAAAUUUCUCAACCAAGAUCGAAUGGUGUUGCAAUACAUGAAGAGACGUUCAGUUAACAAUGUAUUGGAAUACCGUUAAAACUUUCGUCGCUAGAGUCACUGGAAAAUGACCGAAAUGGCAACCGAUCUGAUAACGAGUUGGUAAUCAAUGAAAGUACCAAGUACUAAGGUACUAAGCAUCUUUGCUGCUACCAAAUUGGUUGUUGAUUCGCUUCGGCUGCAUUCAUGAAUAAUUGUUCAGGCCGUUGAAAUCACAUGAUCAAACCUUUAAUGAAUUUUGGUUUCCUUCGGAAAUAUACUAAAUUAUAACAUCUAAUAUUUUCUUUGUCACAGAAUAUUUUAUAACUUAUUUACAGUUUUGUAGCUUUUGAUUUUUUAUUUGUUUUCAAUAAUGACGUUUUGUAGAAUUAUAUCGGAGAGAGCAGUAAAAGACUAUGUUAAAACAAAUUAUGACUUACAAUAAAAUGUAUUACAAAAUUAUGAUUUACGUAUUUAAAAAUAAAUAUUCUACCAAUGUGUCCUUAUAUUAUUCUUGUUUGGUUCCUAUCUAAAUAAAUUCUUAUAUUCAAAGUAAA